GAUACCACGAUAGUCACGAUACCCAAUCCUCAUUCUCCAAAUAUUUCACUGAGCCGGUGAGGUGAACGAUUCUUCUGUAAUCUUCGUGUUGUGCCGUUUCAAGACCUUAAGAAAAAGGGUAGUUUUAUAAAUAAUUAUAUACUAAUUUUACGUAACGAAUAAGACCGGUCACAUCUACCAUAUUUAGGAAAUGUCUCCUCCACCAUUCUCUGAUUUGGGAAAACGGGCUAAAGAUGUAUUUGGAAAGGGUUAUCACUUUGGUCUUAUUAAAUUGGAUUGUAAAACCAAAACUGCAACUGGCGUAGAAUUCAAUACUGGCGGCACUUCAAAUCAAGAAACAGGAAAAAUAUUCGGUUCCCUAGAAACAAAAUACAAAGUUAAAGAUUAUGGUGUCACAUUCACAGAAAAAUGGACCACCGACAAUACCCUAGGAACAGAGCUUUCUGUACAAGACCAAGUUAUACAGGGACUUAAACUCUCUGGAAACCUUGAUUUCUCACCUCAGACAGGAAACAAAUCGGGAGCUGUAAAGACAGCUUUUCAGAAUGAUAUUGUAGCAGUUAACACUAACGUAAACCUGGAUUCAAACGGGCCUGUAGUUCAGGCUUCCGCUGUCCUAGGAUACCAAGGUUGGUUGGCUGGAUACCAAGGUGCGUUCGAUACACAGAAGAAUAAAUUGACGAAAAAUAACGUCGCUUUGGGAUUCUCCACCACAGAUUUUGUACUGCACACCAGCGUUGAUGACGGCCAAGAAUUUGGCGGUUCCAUCUAUCAGAGGAUCAAUCCCAAACUUGAAACAGCUAUUCAGCUGGCCUGGUCCUCUGGAAGCAACAACACUAAGUUUGGCCUCGGUACCAAGUUUGAUCUAGACUCAGAUGCUGCUAUUCGAGCUAAAAUUGAUAACUCCUUAUUGGUUGGUUUAGGAUACCAACAGCGUUUACGUGAUGGUGUAACUUUAACUUUGUCACUUCUAGUUGACGGUGCAAACUUUAACAACGGAGGGCACAAGAUUGGCUUAGCCCUCGAUAUGGAGGCUUAACUUAAAUAUCUCCCGAUUCCCACUGUAUUAGCGCCACCAUAUAUUUAAGCCUGUUGUAUCGUAGAAAUAUUAUUUUAAAGGACUUUUAGUAUUAAAAUCUACUUAUUGUUCUGUCAUACUAAAUCAGAAAUUUUGGUUUUUACAAACUGUAUAUAAUAAAUGUAGCUCACUCCCAAGAAAUAAUUUUAAUUUCCUUAAAUUUGGGAGAAGACUGUUUUGGCAAAUUCAUUAUAUGUUUGCAAAACUAAAUAAAAAAGAGAGAUCACUACAUUCAAACACUGAUUUAAGUAAACAUGAUAUCCACUCUUUUAAAAUUUAAACCAACAGACGACUUUAAAUAUAUGAUUUACAAUUUA